AUGAGUGAUGACGCUCCAUUAGGAUACUCUGUUCCGCCAUUCCCCUCUCUUCACCUCCCCGUCAUCGGGGUACCCGAAAACCAAAACUAUCUUUACCACUCCACGGACAUAUGGUGGUUUACACUCUGCUGGACUUUGAUUCUGCACGGCGGAACCCAUUUUAUAGUUGCAUUGUUUGCAUUUGCCAUCCAAUGGAAGAAUUGGCGAACUAUGUGGGCUGUGCCCGUUGCGUACCUGGUAAUAUCCAACCUGGAAGCUUUGCUCGCAGGUAGUUUGGUUGGAUUAAUCCUCGGUUGGGUUUAUGAAGCGGGUAAUUUCGCCAUGACAACAUGGGUGCCUUUAAUCUGGGCUGUUAUCAAUGUCUUGGUUGUCAUCGUCUCGAGUUUUCCCAUGCAAAGCGCCAUUUGA